CGGACCGACUAGCACUAUCAAACUGGGUGGGAUCGACAGAGCCUCAUCGACGCGUGACGGUCGAAAGCUCUCAGGCCAUGGUCGCGACUUCAGUAGUUGAUGACAGAUAUAUGUGGUUUCAGUCUUAUCGCGAUGGUCAUCAUUAGGGGUUGCACUUCUGCUGACGUGGUAAAAAGUACUGGAAGAUAUUGGUACGAUGCAGCAGUUGGACUGCACUUGGAGUUGGCAUUCGAGAGUAUAUUCCAAACAACAAUUUUUGAUAUUUUUACUAAGAUAUUAAAGUGGCCGUCCACAUGUUCCUUACUGUGUACACAGUACAGUCUUAAAGAAACAAGGCUUGAACGCUCUCUAUCCUAUGAAGACCCACACAGCGACCGAACAAAUUAAAGGGCCGAAGGAAACCACAGGAGAAACGUCGUUCAAUCCCUUGCGCCACCACUGCCACAUUUGAUUUAUAUCCUACCUCGUGCUCGAGAAGACGAAAUGUGCGGGUCAGGUUUUCUCCG